AUGGCGGCCAGCUUCUUCUCACGAACCGUCACCAAGCGCAUCAUUGCCGGUGGAGCCGCAGUCGGCGGAACUGGUGUUGCAGUCAACCAGCUGUCAGGCCCAAGUCUGGCCCACACCGCCGCGGAAGCCAAGGCCCAGUUCGAGACAUCAUGGGGGUACCUGAAUGUGGUCAAGCUGCCCGACAACUGGACGGGCAAGGUCUUCCGCAUCAGAAACGACUACCCCAAGCUGCCCGGCACCUUUGACAUCGAAGCGCCGUGGCUCGAUAUCGACUACAAGGAAGACCCGCUCGAGUACUGCGCGCGGGUCAAGCUGUACUGCUGGGAGGGCAAUGUCAACAGCGAAUUUGACGUGCACAAGAACCCCAUCCGCCCCUGGUACCAUGCCCCGUGGAUGCACUGGAACGACAAUGGCCGGGAGCCAGUCCACGGUCUGACUUUCGAGCGACCCACCAAGGCGGGAGAGCUUUCGGACAAGCAGGAGACGGUCGUGCAGGCGUGGGCCGUUGGUUUCUACAACUGGAUCGGCGCCGCAACGUUUGGCGAAAUCUGGGAAGACCCGGCCAAGCCGAACUGGGAGACGGGAGUCUCGUUCCGUCCCGGAACAUGUGUCUUCAAGAUUCUCAUGACGGAAGCCAACGAAACGCAACUCUUCAAUCUCAAGGACGCCCCGACGAUGCAAGCCUUCAUUGCGACCCCCGACUCUGUGAAGAAAAACAACGCGAGUGAGCGCAAGACGACACCAACCGAUUUGCGACUCCUGCAGGUUGAUUUCGCUGUCCGUGACGACCGGUCGCCAAUCGGGUGGGUAUUUGGCACGUUUAUGUACGAUGGGAGUCUGACCCAGCACAAGAACACGUGGGACCGCAUCAUCCCGGUCGGCAUCAUGUGGGGAAAUGACCCUAACCUCACCAAGCAAGAUUACGCAGACGGAAAGCGUCCCGUCGAGUCUUGGAUCAAUCCCGUGGCGGACGAUCUCAAGAAGAGGCUGGGCGGGACACGAGCGUCGAGCCCUUGGGGCGUGUCUGGGAGGCUGAACGGCCCUGUCGACAACUUCAAGUCCGCGUGCACAUCAUGCCACUCAACCGCCGAGAACUACCCCGACGGCAGCGUGAGCAUGAUCCCGCCCGACACGUGCGAAGCCGAGCUGUGGUUCCGCAACCUGCUCGCGCCCAAGCAGUCGUUCACCCGGUGCAAGGCCACUGGCGACUACUCGCUGCAGCUCAUGACGGGCUAUAACAACUAUCUCAAGUGGGACGGCGUGCAGCAGGGCUUCAAGCACAAGGUCAAGGUGUCCAUCCCGUUCUCUGCCGCCAAGAAGAGGGAGGCCGCCAUCGACGCCAAGAGAGCGCCGCUGCGGUCGCAGGAGUGA